AUAGAGGCAGACACAGUAUCCAGCGACAUUGGUCUGCCGAUGACCUUUGCUUUUGUACCCGUUAGCGCUGAUAGGAACUUCUUCAAGGGCGACGUCUUCGAAAGACUUAGGAGUCGGAAUUUCAAAAAAGACGUUUCCGCUAUUUUUGGGACAGUGAAGGACGAAGGAACAUACUGGCUACCUUACUAUAUGAGCCAGCAUGGUUUUUGGUUCAAUCAUACGAUCUCAGCUGAAGACCCGCAAAACAAGGCUCUCAUCAGCAGGUCUCAAUAUCGACAAGCAAUGAAAGCCUUUAUGCCAUACUUUGGUGGAUCGCCUCUGGUUGAGAAUGCACUCUUGCAUGCUUAUCAGUACGUAUCUGAACGACAAACAACAUCGUGA